CAGUAUCGUUUUGCGCCGCCAAACCAAAAAUGCUUUCCAGAUCGCAGCUAUUACUGCUCGUUGUCGGGUUCUGCCUGAAUGCAGCCGUCUCGGCUGACGUGGACUGCUCCAAGCGACCACCAUUUGUGAAUCCCAAAACCUGUUGUCCCAUGCCGGACUUCGUGACCGCCGAGUUGAAGGAAAAGUGUGCCAAAUUUGACAUGGCUCCACCGCCGCCGACGGAUGGGGAUGCUAGUGGAUCCUUUGAGAGCAAGCGUCGCCAUCAUCAUCCGCAUCCGCCACCAUGCUUCUUCUCCUGCAUCUUUAACGAAACUGGCAUCUAUCAAAACCGGAAUCUGGAUGAGGACAAGCUGAAGAGCUAUUUGCAGGUGAUCUUCAAGGAUAGUACCGAUCUGCAGACCACGGCCACCGAGGCCUUCACCACCUGUGCCACCAAAGUCGCGGAAUUCGAGGCCAAUUUACCUCCUCGUCCCGGUCCAUCUCCACCACCCGGCUUUCCCAUUUGUCCUCACGAUGCUGGCCAUCUAAUGGGCUGUGUGUUCCGCAAUCUAAUGAAGAAUUGCCCAGACUCAAUUCGCAAUGACUCCCAGCAGUGCACUGAUAUGAAAGAGUUCUUCACCAAGUGCAAGCCACCGCGUGGUCCUCCUCCUUCCGGCGAGGAUAUGUAAGGAACCCGAGAACCCCUUUUUGUCUGAAAGCCCGCAAUGAAUUUACUUCUCUACCCAGCUGAACUUUUAAUAUCUUUCAAUUUAAGCCAAUAAACAUUUAAAGCUCAA